AUGCCAGACAUCACAUCUCUCGACAGUGAGACUGUCAACAUUGACCCUAACCUACAGGACCAGGAAGACACCCCCGAUGCAAUCCCAGGUCACCCUCUGGGAGUCAAACCGAGUGGCAACGCAUUGCUCGCCGCCGAGAACCUCCGGGAUGCCAUCGGGACAUUCAGCAUCCUCCCAGACGAACUUAUCUUGAUCUUAUUGGAAUUCCUCGAUGGUCCCGGUCUAUUACGCAUCGGCCGGACAUGUAAAGCGUUCUAUGCGUUCACCCGAGCAGAGGAAUUAUGGAAGGGUCUCUUUUCCUGGUCUCCUCCUACUUCAUUCACAUGGAGAAAAACCUGGCGCGCAACAUACCUUAACCUCCUACCCUCCCAAGUUCCCAACCUAGACUGCUCCCAUCUAUACUCCGACGCCCUCCACCGACCCUUCUACUGCGCGCAUAUCUCGCUAGACCCCUUCGCCCGUAAUAUUCCUGCCAGAAACCAGAUCGCGCGUCUACCGGACCUUACACCCGAAGAAUUUCACAAAGAAUGGACGGACAGACCGUUUAUCCUGACGGAGCCCGUGAAGCAAUGGUCGGCAUAUCAGCAAUGGACGACGGACUCGUUACUUGCGAAGUAUGGGGAUACAGUGUUCCGCGCGGAGGCAGUUGACUGGCCAUUCAAGACAUAUGUCGAUUACAUGCGGAAUAAUUCGGACGAAAGACCGCUGUAUCUAUUCGACCGGGCCUUUGUGUCAAAGAUGGGACUGAAGAAUGGACACAUCGAUCAAGAACCCGAGACGACAUACUGGACACCACCUUGCUUCGGGGAAGACUUCUUCUCGGUCUUGGAAAACGACCGCCCCGAUAGACAAUGGUUGAUCAUCGGCCCUGAACGCUCUGGAAGUAGCUUCCACAAAGACCCCAACGCCACUAGUGCCUGGAACGCUGUUGUCCGCGGCUCCAAGUACUGGAUUAUGUUCCCGUCGUCUUCGAAACUGCCCCCUCCGCCGGGCGUCUAUGUCUCUGAGGACCAGAGUGAGGUGACUUCUCCGCUUAGUAUUGCGGAGUGGCUUCUCACCUUCCAUGCUGAGGCGCGGAGGACAGCAGGUUGCAUUGAGGGGAUUUGUGGUGAGGGAGAAAUCCUCCACGUACCGUCAGGAUGGUGGCAUCUAGUCGUGAACUUGGAGCCAGCUAUCGCUAUUACGCAGAACUUUAUCCCUCGCGGGCAUCUGAGUGCGGCACUCGACUUCUUGUACAACAAGGCAGACCAGGUGUCUGGAUUCCGGAAGGAUGUCACGAACCCCUACGAGCGAUUUGUGGCAAGGAUGCAAGAAACACACCCCGAUUUGCUGGAGCAGGCAUGGGAAGAACUGAACAAGAAGAAUGAAGGCAAGAAGCGCAAAUGGGAUGAGAUUGUCCAUGGCAAGACGGAAGAGGAAGGCCCUGGAGAGGCUGAAGGAGGUGGUUUCAGCUUUGGAUUUGGUGAUGAUAGCGAUGUGGAGGUUCCUUGA